ACAUGUGCUAAGUUGCAGCAGUCGUGUCAAAGUUCACUAUAUAGAGAGCUCAGUGAGCUGAUCAGAGAGAAAGCAUUCUGCCAGCCAAGCUCCUACUAUUCGCAAUCACUUCCUAACCUCACCCUUUUUAACAUAUUGGUCACUUUGAUUCUCUGUUAUUUUUCUUAUUAUUUUUCCGUGCAUGAAGGAGGUUCUAUAGGUUGUGAUCUUUUUGUUGUAUUAUCACUUGCUUGUCGGAGAGUUGACUUCAUAUUUGACUAAAGCAUUGGCUUCAGCUGCUCGCACCACCUCACAAGAAGAAAAGGGAGAAGCAGCAAUAUUUGUUUUACCAGUUGAUGAUUUUCAUCAAGACUUGAGCUGGAACUUGAUAGCGCUCUGCUGCUAGUGUGUAGCCUACAUCAAUUGUGUGUUUUAUGCUGCUGUCACGUCGCCUACGUUCAACGUACUGCUCCGUUUCUUGAAUAGGCUACCUCAUUUCAUUAUCGCAAUCAUUUGCUAUUUUUUCCCCCUUGAAAGAUAUCCUGGAUGGCUGACUGCAAGCGCCCCUGGACUUGGCCUCUAAGUGCAAGGCUGCGAUUCAGCUCGCCAUCACAUCAGUUUUAAAACGUGUGCUUCGCAUCGUCUACAACAGCACUAUAAUUUGACAUUUUCGAAGAUUCAACGAACAAUCGACAACAGUAGGCUUUUGGCAUUUAUUUUUUAUUUUUACUAUUAAUUUUGAUUUACAGCGUGCUGCAUUCUUUUGAGAAAACAAGCACCGCAAAACCAAAAACGGCAGACAAAAAGUUUCCUUACGUUGACUGAUAGAUAUGGCAAUGGUAGUGUGGAGAGGCUCCCAGGACGAUGUGUCUGAGACCCAAGGUACCCUUUCUUCGCAAUCUCAAGGAGGACUAUCCCUUCCGACCCCUCAGAUGAAUCUGUCAGGCUCUCAGGUCGCCCCUCCGACCCCUCAGACAACCGUCCAAGGACCCCCGAACAACACUGUACAGUCUACGCCGACAAACCAGACGAUGCAGUCGGAGAAACAGCAGCCACAGCACAUAGAAUGCGUUGUUUGCGGGGAUAAAUCUAGUGGUAAACACUAUGGCCAGUUUACUUGCGAGGGGUGCAAAAGCUUCUUCAAACGGAGCGUACGAAGGAACCUCAGUUACACAUGCCGUGCCAACAGGAAUUGUCCCAUUGACCAGCACCAUCGCAAUCAGUGUCAGUACUGCCGCCUCAAAAAAUGUCUGAAAGUUGGCAUGAGACGGGAAGCGGUGCAACGGGGACGGAUGCCACCCACACAGCCACACCAUGGUCAGUUCGCCUUGACAAAUGGGGACCCACUGCACUGCCAUUCCUACUUAUCCGGAUAUAUAUCUCUACUGCUACGAGCGGAGCCCUACCCAACGUCCCGGUAUGGCAGUCAAUGCAUGCAACCCAACAACAUCAUGGGCAUCGAGAACAUAUGUGAACUGGCGGCCAGGAUGCUGUUCAGUGCCGUGGAGUGGGCCAGGAAUAUCCCCUUCUUUCCAGACCUUCAGAUUACUGACCAGGUGGCUCUUCUGCGGUUGACCUGGAGUGAGUUAUUUGUGCUUAACGCCGCACAGUGCUCAAUGCCUCUCCAUGUGGCUCCACUUCUGGCGGCGGCUGGCCUACACGCCUCCCCCAUGUCUGCGGACAGAGUGGUUGCCUUUAUGGACCACAUUAGGAUCUUCCAAGAACAAGUGGAAAAGCUGAAAGUUUUGCACGUUGACUCUGCUGAAUACAGCUGCUUGAAGGCAAUUGUGCUCUUCACUUCAGACGCUUGUGGCCUCUCAGAUGUGGCCCAUGUGGAAAGUUUGCAAGAGAAGUCCCAGUGCGCCCUGGAGGAAUAUGUUCGGAGCCAGUAUCCCAACCAGCCAACACGAUUUGGGAAGUUGUUACUUCGCUUGCCUUCACUGCGCACAGUGUCUUCAUCGGUCAUAGAGCAAUUGUUUUUCGUCCGAUUGGUAGGUAAAACCCCAAUUGAAACCCUCAUCAGGGAUAUGUUGCUUUCGGGGAGCAGUUUUAACUGGCCUUACAUGUCAAUUCAGUAAGCAGAAGGAAUGAACAAAGGGGUUAAGAAUGGUUAGUGCUUCUUUUGUAGAAGGAAAACGGCUGUUACAAGAGCUUGCUUUCACAAAGAAAGACAUUGUCAUAAAUGACUGUGAAUUAAAAAAUUGAGACAUUCAUCGAACUUUCAAAAUGCAGAUAAAAGCUCCCCGUGUCAUUCGGAAUAAGGUGCUUCUUAUCCAUUUUUUAAGAAAAAUAAAUAAAACGAAAACAAAAAUAAGGAAAAUGAUUUUGGUAAUCCUCAAAUCGAAAAUGAAACUAUAAAGUGCAUUUAAAAUGAG